ACCAGCUUGCCUUCAAUAAUCUUACUGUAAAAGAGAAACAUGAAACCGACCCAAGACUAUGCACUACAUGUACAUGGUCAGACAAAGCUACACUGCCAUAGUAACAUCCAGACACAACAUUGGAAAGUGUUGCAGACAUGUGCCACUCUAGCACUAAGAUAAUGGGAGCAAGGUAAGGCAUGUGGAAACCUCUUGAUAGGAGGGAAAUGUGAUUUGAGAAUUCACAGGAAUUGACAUUGCAGGGUGGGGGAUUCAAUGUAAGUAUAAAAGAGAGUACAUCUGUGUCUGCAGCAUCAGCAAGACAACAGCACAGCUCCAAGUCUCACGCAAGUCUCAUCAUGAAGGUUCUGGUGACUGUCACUAUCCUGGCUGUGACUGCAGUGCUUGCAUCCGAGGAGACUGCGUCCACCAAGCAGAAGCGUGGGGUACUGGGUCUUGGAUAUGGCUAUGACUAUGGCCUAAAUGCUGCCUCUAGCCUCCCUCUGUCUUAUGCUGCGCCACUUGCAUACUCUGCACCAAUUGCUUCUUAUCAUGCACCCCUCUCUCUCCCUUCUCUGCCAAUUGCCAAGGUUGCCUACGCUGCUCCCAUAGCCAAACUUGCAUACACAGCGCCAAUAGCAAAGGUGGCAUAUACAGCUCCUGUUGCCUACGCCAAAUAUGCAGCCCCACUGCCUUACUGGUAAUGAGAGUAAAGUGAAUUACUCCAUGAAAAGAAAGAACAUCAAAUAUGAUUUUUAAGGCCUCAUAGCUCUCUGUAACUGUUAUCUUGUACCAUAAUAUUUAAAAAAACUGACAAUACAUGAGAAUUCUUCUUGAAGUUAAAAUCUUAAUUGGAAAUUAGUUCAAAUCCUCAACUAAAAUACUGUGAUUAUAGUUCAACAAUGAAAAUUUUAGUUCUUAUUAUUCUGCAGUGAGGUCAGACAGAGCACCUUGCUACCAAUGUGGGACCACUGUGAGAAUUACAGUUGCAGAGAGCUGUUAUACUGACUGAACUGGAUUGUCUAAAGCUGUGGUAAUUCAGGAAAUAAGCAGGGGUAAUUAAUGGUUUGAGUGUCCUGUGGACAAUUAUUUGUAUCAUCAUAAAUCAUCAAUUUAACAUUCAUACUAUGAAAAUAUCUUGGCUUUGUAUAUUGCUCUAUCAAUGCAAUAGAACAUAAUUAGUACAAAAACUAAGGUGAAUCAAAAUGACUUGAUAGCUUGACUUUGAUUCUUUGCAAAAUUAUGAAAAGAAGAGAGGGAAACUAUUUUAGUAUCUACUUUGUAAUUAUCAAUGUAUUUAUAACGAUGAACUUAUAAUAGAUUAAAAAAUUUUAAAACACUGAAACUAGUCAUAUUAUUUUCAAAACAUCAGCAUCUAUUUCCUCCUACCAUUGUGAAGAUAUAGUCCAGAAGGAAGUGUCAUCAAGUCUCAACUCAGAAUUGAAACUCAGACAUCAUACAGGUAAAGAUGUACACCCCUGACUAUGAACUGUCAUGAAGGGAUACAGAUGGGCAUUAACAUAUAAGUUCCAUGGAUCCUUAACCUCAACGUGAUGAAAAUGAGUGGUCAACAUAUUACACCAAAUACUGCAUUAUAAUUAUUGUUAGUAGUGUAUAACCCACCACAGAUGAUGGACAAAACAACUUUUUCUUCCUUUCCUUUGUCCCUUUGUAUAAUUAUCUUCUCCACUGCUUUCUCCCAUUUGCUUUCCUAUCUUGCCUGUCAUACCCUCAUUCCUCUACCCCUUCCUUUACAUUAAAACAAUUCCAUCACCUCCAUUUUUGUCUCUUUUAUACCUUUAUCUCUUUCCCUCAUUUUUUGCUAUUGAUCUGUCUGUUCAGUUGUCACUCCUCUCCCCCAGACUUCUGCAACAGCAGAAAACAGUUUAUACUUUCCCCAUAUUCUAGAAUUGGUGAACUAGAUUCUGAGCAUAACAGGAAUUGAGUAUGAUUUAUAUGCAGAUAGUUCUUACUAGCUAGAACCUUUUAUUUUCUUUUUAUGAUAAAAUUUAAUUAUAAUCUAAUCCAUUUCUUAUGAAGCUUGACCUUCACAAGCAAAUAUGUAUCAAUCACACCAGGGCAGAGGUUCUCAACCGUUGUGAGACCGUGGCCUGGUAAAUUAUUUUUUAUAAGACGAGGGCCCGGUAGCUGAGAAGCACUGAACUAGGGGUUUGGCGGUAACCUUCAAUCAAAGCCCUCAGCUGUUGCUCAUGUUUCUGUCCUGGGCAAUUUAGUGCAGAGCAGUGUUAUCAUGCUUUGUUUAUCCAAGGAAAAUGAGUGGUUUCAAAAGUGCUAACCAUGUGGUACAUAAGCAAGGUAGGAGAAAAUAUACAGUGUAUGACAGUGAUGUAGAGGACAAAUAUGAGGACAAAAAAGAAGAGCUGGCUCAACCUUUGUCUGAUUUCUAAGGUCACUUGACAACCCCCGUUGGUUCAGUUCUGUGCCAGGUGGCCUGACUGGAACCGACCCACCUCACAUCCCCCCCCCCUGUUGUGUUGAGUUCCUCUCAUUGGUUCUCACCCAAGCCGCAUAAGCUACAGACUACACAAAUGAAAGAUUUAAUGAUAGGGGGACAGAUAAUUAUGUCAGCAGAACAUAUAAUUUUAUGUAAUGAAAAGGGGUUGUGUUUCAUGUACUUACAAUCUAAUUAACAGUCCAACACUGAAAAAAUAUAAAAUAUACAUUUCAAGAAGUUCUUCUAAAUAAGCAUUUUCUAUUAAAUUAACACUGGCUGAAAACAGAGAGAAAAUGGUCUGCAGUUCCACCUACCAGCAGAAUUAGAACUAUCUGCAACCAGUGAGUGUAUUCCUCCAAUGACACAUGUGUUACUACAAUCUCACACAGCAUCAUGACAGUUUUAUAUUAUAGAUAGAAAUGGGCUGAAUGCUCCAUUUGGUUCUUCUAUAUCUACAAUCCACUGUGAUGUUGGAGAGUGUGAAUUACUGGACAAAGUCAUUAAAUUCUAUGGCAUGCAGUAAAGUUUCCAGGAAUACAGAAGCAAACAUAACUCACACUGAGU